CUACUUUUCUGUCGUCUUCGAGAUGGACCGAGACGGCUGCGUCCAGAAGCUCGUGUGCGGACUCUCAGGCAACGCCCCCGAACAGCUCUCUGAAGACGGGAAGGUGAUCAUGUCGCUUUUCAGAAGCGACUCCGCCCCGGCCUACACGUCCCUGAGGAACCCCAAGGGACCCUACGACUACGCAGCGUGGAUCGGCAGGACCUCUGAGAGCCCGGAAUUCACGUGCUCCCAACUCUACGGCCAGUGCAACACAUCGCCUCAGCAGUUCAUGGAACGCUUCGAAGCUAGUGAGGCUCUUGAGACCGCUGAAGCUCUUGAAGCCAGUGAUUAAGAGAGCUUGUUGAGGCUACUGAAGCUCCCCAAACUCUUGAAGCCAGUGGAGUUGUAGAGGAAAUGAGGAAUACGUAGGAAUGAAGAUUUUAUUUGAUUUAUGUGUGUCCUAUGUUGAUGAUGUAUCUUAUGCUGUCGCAAUUUAGCUCUAUGUGGCCAGCAUAGACAGACCAGUAUUCACCAUUCAUCAUAUGCCUGUAAUUGUCUAAGUGUAUCUUAAAACUUUAUUAUUAUUUGUAAGAGGGAUAUAAAUUGAUUACGUCUUUCUUGAGACUUGAAGACAAUUUAUAUCAGAUAGUUCGGAAAAGGUUCCUAUUAUUCUAAGGGCUAUUUCACUUUACCCGGAUGCUGAAACGAUCCUGUGGGUAAAAUUAUGCCUGUAAUUGCUCAUCUGCGAAGUUAACUAUAAUGUUUUGUUGAUUUUCUAUUUUCUGUUUCUUAACACUAGAUUAACGUUGGUUUUUAUUCAAGUAAAAAGUCAGGACGAUU